ACACAACCAGCUACUAACUUCCAGUUGUUUGGUUCAAAUGAAUUGGACAGAUCUGAAUCUUAGCUGGGACCCUGAUGAAUAUGAUGACUUAAAACUGAUCCAUCUUCAUUACGAUCAAAUCUGGAAGCCGGAUAUCAUUCUAUAUAACUCAAUUGAUUCAAGCACCGGAUCUUCAGUCAGUACAGAUAUUCCCAUUAAUUCAAAGGGGCAAGCAUUAUGGUGGUCACGAUGGAUAUUUAAAAGCAAGUGUUCGAUGAAUAUGCAAUAUUUCCCUUUCGAUGUGCAAAAAUGUUUUCUUGAUUUUGGAUCUUGGUCAUUUGACAACAGUGACAUUAAUGUUAUUCCGGACAACCAAGAUGCCGACCUUGAUGUUUAUCAUCCAAAUUCAGAGUUUGAUCUUGUGAAAUAUACUAUUCAUAACUACACAUUGCUUUCUGCAGAAUGGACUCAUCCAUUUCUUUACAUAAGAUACACGAUAGUUCUUAAACGUAAACCGCUUUAUUAUUUGUUCAAUAUUUUGAUGCCCACAGUUUUACUUGUAACCAUAUCACUUCUUGCCUUUCUUGUUCAUGGAUCUGAGGAGAAAAUAUCUAUCGGACUGACAACACUGUUGUCGAUGGUUGUCUUACAAAUGGUUGUGGCCGAUAAACUUCCUCCAGUAUCAGAUGCAGUUCCUCUCAUAAGUUUAUAUUAUGGAAUAUCAAUCUUGCUUAUCUCCCUUUCCAUAAGUGUUAAUGCAGUAACUAUGAACGUUUAUCACUAUGGUGACGGUGGCCGUGAAGUUCCACUAAUUCUAAAAAGAACCUGCUUUGGAAUCCUCUCACGAUUUCUCUGUAUUUCCAUCUCUGAAAAAGAAAAAUCAAAGCAAAAGGAUCCAGAUGUUCAGCAUGGACACAGCUACAGGCCCGAAGGAGAAGAAGAAAGUACUCCCAGGCAUCGCGUCAGUGAAACAAGCAAAUACGGAGCAGAACGAUCCUCACCUGAUAGAAUAAAAGACCUUGUCUUACUUGAAGAAAUGCUGCAGUUGGUUCUGAGAAGUAUCAACAGAGAAAAUGAUAUGCGUGUCCAGGAGGAACAACGUACCGAUUCCCUGAAACGUGAAUGGCAAGAGCUAGCCUGUGUCCUCGAUAGACUGUUUCUAGUCAUUUUCUUAAUAAUUUAUGCUUGUUUGACAAUGUCUGUAUAUAUCUUAGAUCAAAAUUGAUGCCCCCAACCAAAGCGCAAAUCAAUUAGAAAUGCCUCAUAGGUUUGCCUGGGUAUUUUUAAUCUGAUUUACACAAAGCAAUUUUUUCUUCUCGACUUGCGGCUAAAAAAACUCAGUUAUUAAUUUUUAUGCUAAGUAUUCUGCCUGUUUGCGUAUGAUGGGAAUAAACAUAGGCUAAACGGUGUCUAUCAGGGAAUAUAUUUUUAAUGUUACUUUAUAUUUGUGAAAUUUACCCAAAAUCACUUUUGUAUGAUGUUUCUGUAGACAUUGACUUGAUAUUUGAUGUUAGGGCGUCAUAUCCUUUUAAGCUACCCAGGCGCCAAAUGUGUUUAUUUUUGUUCACUUGUGCAUUUUAAAGUAAAGUUUUUCAAUUUAAUCUGCAAAAUUGAAUACCAUAUUUACUUUGAUUCAAAAUAUCAAGUUUGAUAUCCUUUUAAUUCCAGUU